AUGGAUAAUCGGAGUUAUAUGUUUGAUUUGGUGGCAAACAACGCUAACAGAGGUGCUACUGGGUCGAAUCAGGCCGAUCCUUCUAAAUCAUCCGUUCAACAAAAACGGCAAAGCAGCAUGUCUAAUUAUUUGGGGAGUAAUAAUAAUAAGAGAAUAUUUAAUCCUUUGCAAUUACCGAUGGCGAUGCAACGUCCCACUGGUCAAGAUUAUACCUUCGAUGCGGCCACGCCACAAACUAACCCUCCAACUUCACGAUAUAACACGACUACUAAUGUCAAUGUUAGUAAUAAUAGUAGUUUAGGUGGCAACAAUCAUUCGGUGAGGAAAAACUUAAUGCAGCUGAAUGUUCCUACGCCGACACCCUCGGGAUUUGAGCUACCAUCUAGCCCCAACCUUCCACAACCAACGAACGUCUCACCUCAAAACAAUUCUGAUCUGUCUGAAUAUAACAUGGGCAUAAAUCAGGCAAGUAAAGAGUCUACCAAGGAACCGAUUCUGAAUGUCACACCCAGUAAUACCUACCUUGAUCAGCCACAGGCCACCCAGCUGUCGUCACAACAAAGGGUGAUGUCAGAGGAGGAGCAACAAUUAGCAUCGAAACUUAAAGAAACAUACAAGAACAUUGUAAAUUUUGAAGAGGUAGUCCAAAAAAAUUGUAUUGAAGUCACAAUGAAGAUUAAUCAGUUAUCAAAUGGAGGUUCAUUGUCGAACGUUGGUACAUCUGCUUACUCGAAUCCACUGUUCCCAACUCAUCAAUUAUCUUCUUCUUUGACUUCAAAUUCCCCUUUAAAUAUGAGCCAAACUAGAUCAUCUGAAUUACUGAAUGAUUUAUGGACAGUUUAUCACCAUAAUGUUAUCUUGUUAGAUAACUAUUAUGAUUUUUUAGUAACUGCAUUGAAACCGUCUUCAAAUCAAACUGAAUUCAAAACGGGCAAGAAUAUUGUUGACUUGUAUAAGAUACCUAGAAGGAUGUGGGUCUACGGGGUUGUUGGGUUUCUUGAAGUUUUAAAAAAUGUAAUGAACAUUUUUCAAGAGCAUGACAUAUGUCUGUGCUUUAUAGCUUACUGCUUCAAUAUCGUUUCAAAUUUGACAGAUUCUAAUUUGGAGAUGGAGGGAUGGUGGCUGGAAAAGCUAGGCGAUUUAUCAAGAAUGGCAAUAGCAUUGUAUUCUACGAAAUUCAUAGAUUGGAAGUCUAGUGCCGAAUACUGGUAUACUAUUGCCAUGAAGACACUCUAUGGGCAUGGAAAAAUAUAUUAUCACGUUUGUACUGUUCAGCAAGAUAACUUGGAUGCCCUUGUUAACAUAGGGAAGUCAGUUAUUUGUCAUGAUCCUUUUGUACCAACUCAACAUUAUCUCAGGUUAGUUGUCGAAAACAUAUGUACACAACGUAAUAUUUUGUCGCUUCUUGAGCUUCCAAUUAUUGAUUUUAUAAAAAUUCACAAGGUGCUACUAAGUAUACAUUCUACGUCGUUCUCAUCUCACAUUGCUGGUGAUUCAGUCGAAAACAUUCACGAUACUCAACUACAGUAUGGUAUUGAUUUGGUAACACGAUAUGGUUUGACAUUUGGAUCAGACUCUAAUGGCUACAAUUUUUUCACCCGGGAAUUAUAUACACCAAGUGGCGUAGCAUCGCCAAACGACGCACAUCAUCCAUAUUACUUACAACAACAACAAACAACCACCGCUAAUACGAUAGAAAAAAUGAACUUUUGGUUCAAUAAAGGUCCAUUAUUUGCAAUUGCUAAUGUCAAUCAUUUAAUAGGAUUCGGUGAUCCCAAAAAUCCUUUCGCCAAAAUUUUUGGUUUACCGGAAGCUUUGAAGGGAAGAAAAGACAAGAAAGAUAAAAAAGCGAGAGCAAAAUUACAAGAAGCAGGUGAUGAAAUUGUGGGCGUAGACGAAACUGGCCAAAGCAUUGAAGGGCCAUCCAUAAGUGCUCUAGAUUUAUCUCGACAUGAUUGGUUUAGAUGUUUGCAGUAUAUUAAUAAGUCCGUUUUGGAAUUGUCUAUUAGAAUUUUACGUCAUUAUCUCACUGGCCCAAGACAAGCUUCAACGUCUCAUAUCAUAGUUUGGUUCUAUUUCUUAAUCGCGGUUGGAGAAGCAACAGUUAAAUUCCCUGAGUCAAAGACCAUGUUCAUUUGGCUAAUUCGAAAAAUGCUUCCUUGGGAGCACAUUAUAAACUAUUUGAAUUCCUUAUUAGAAAUCAUUAGGAGCAAUUCAAAAUUGAAUUUCAUGUGCUCAGAUUACCUUGCAGGCUAUCCCGGUUAUACUAAUUUCAUUGACUACUUUAAUGAGAAUGAAUUUUUGCCUGAGGUUUGGAAGUGCUGGGGAACGAUUUGGUUCGAUAUUAUAAAUGCAAAGAGAGACUUUGUUGAUUUAGAAUCUGCAGGUGUUAUUGAUGAUGGAAUUUUUGACUUACCAAGUUGUGGUACAUCACCAAUGGGCAGCAUGUCAAGCGGUCGCGAAGGGCGGUCUAGAGACCAACAAGAUCACUACAAUGAUGAAAGGAUAGUAAGGGUAAUCUUAUUAGCAAUUCACAUAGCUGAAACAUAUCAGUUUGGGCUUAUCAGAAACAAUCAACGUUUCGGCUUCGAAGAAGAAACUUACAGGAAUAAUGACAAUUUGAUCUCUUCACUCAAUGAUUCUGAAGUGUAUGGACACGUAGAAAGGUUUCUCUUCAGCGAUGGAAGGUUUAUGCAGAAUCAUUUUAUGCAACCCAUAUCUAAGGACAACUUGAUGAGUAGACAGGAAAUAAAUGGCAUAAGCUCAACCGAGAAAGAUGCCGCAUGGUUUGAAAUUCAACAAACACCGUCUGAGAAUCAAGGUAAAGAUUUAGAGUACUAUGUCGCGGAUGAUGAUGAUAUGGAAGGCUAUGCUGAUUCUGAGAUUGAAAAUGAAGCCGAUAUGAAAGAUCGUUAUCACGAUAACGUACAUCAACAACAACACAAUCGCGCGGUACAACAAGCCAGAAUGUCAUUUAAUGACGAUGUGGAGAGUUAUUUGACUAGUGAAAUUGUUCAUGAUACAAUAGGAAAUUCAGGUACGAUUGAAGGCAAUUUAGGGGACAGGAUGGAUACUAAUGUUACGUAUAUCACUUUGGAUACAAUUAUUUGGCUAAAGCAUUGCGGGAGAAUCUAUAAAUGUGUUCGAAAUCAUGUUUUCAAAGUACUGAUACCCAUAAUAGUAUUUCAGGAGCUUAGGUCUUUGAGAAAAUCCGCCGAGGCUACAAUUGCUGACGCAGCAACAAGAUCUGUCAUAAUCAUCAGAGAAUUAUAUGCCACAAAGGAUAUUUUACCUUUAAGAUUUGAUGGCACGGUUGCUAGUGAUAUCAAUGAAAUUACUGAAUUUGAACACAAUUCGAAUUGGAAGUCUAAUGUUGAUGAAACAAUAUUGAGGUCAGUCAACGAACACGAUGAAUUAGGAAAAAAUCUCUCCAAAGGAUUGAAUAUGACCAUAAAUCCACCUGCGGUUGAUAACAGCGAAUCAUGGCCCACCCUAUUGAAUACUAAGACAGCUAAAUUAUUUCGGUAUUGUAUUCUCAUUACUGAUGAUAGGAAUAUCAGACUCAAAGCGAAAACUAUUGGCUUAGCUAGCUUUCAGAGCAAGUGGCUUUUUCACCAGCUAGAAAUUUUAUUUCCCCAAUGCUGUAUCGAUUAA